AUGAACAGCGAGCGUGCCUACCAGCCAGGCGGCUGGGGCCGUAUGGAAAGAGCUCGGAUCGAACAGGGGUCUCUUAAUCUCACACCAUCCCAGGAGGGUACAUCGUACGCAGGAUCCACUGCUGCAAAUUCACAUAUGGACGACGACGGCAAGACUCAGUUCUCUACUUACUCGUACCGAAGCAAUCAAGACGAUAGCUUGGUCAAAGUCGUUGACGGCAGGAUAAUCAAUGCCCUCAGCGACCAGUACUAUUUGCCCACAGACGACCCGGAAUGGGCACGGUUAGAUAAACAACAUACAGCAGUCACCUUGGGACUUUCGGGUUUGUAUCCCGCGAAGCAAGAAGUACGCGCCAUACUUGCCAGAGCCGACGGUGACACUAAACGUAUAUUGGACCUCGGAUGCGGCACGGGUGUUUGGACGAUCGGAAUGGCCUAUGAGUUUCCACACGCAGAAGUCGUUGGUAUUGAUUUGGCCCAAGUUCCACUGGAUGCUGAAUCCUUACCGCCGAAUUGUCGCUUCGAGGUGGAUAACAUCAAUAUGGGACUUUCACACUUUGAGAGUCAAUUUGAUGUUGUCCAUGUGCGCUUUGUUGGCAGUGGUCUCAAAGACUUUCCACAGCGAAUGAAAGAUAUUCAUGCAUGCCUAAAGCCUGGUGGGAUCGUCCUUUGGCUUGAUGUAGACUACGACGUCUACUUUACGGAGGAAUUUAGCUACAUACCUUCUGCGACUGACACUAAUCCUGAGGGUUCCUGGAUGCAGCGUCCUCUGGCAGAAAUGAGGAGGGCUUGUAUCAAGUUUGGGAGCGACGUUGCCUCUAUGGAGUCGAUGCUCGAUGCUGGCUUGUGGCAAGAUCCGGUCAUGGAUCCUGAAAGCUGCAAAACCGCAAGCCUGUUCCUCCCGAUAGGACCAUGGGCGAGUCACCCUGAUCCAGCAGUUACCCAGUUGCUACGAUAUACGGGGGCUCUCAUACGACAGGAUACGACCAAUGGCUUCAAAUCCAUUGUUCCUCUCCUGCUACGAGUUGGAUGGUCAAAGGAAACCGUGGACAUGUGGACAGCCAAACAAGCGACUGAAUCAGCGGCAAUGGUGAACAAACCAUCAAUGAGGGUACGGAUCGCAUGGGGACGGAGAAAGCCUGCGGAGCCCCUUCCAGUUCAAUCCGAGGAGAUUACAGGAGACUCAGUGGUGUAUCCCUUCUACUAUGUCUACGACACCGAGGAAUUGGCUUUGGAGCAGACUGCCAAGCGGAACAAGGGAAAAGGAGGCCAACUUCCGCCAUUACCGUGCUAG